AUGUCCUCAGAGCCCCCAAGGAGUGCGUCUCCGUUCCUCCUCUCCCUGCUGCAAGGGAAGGAUGUGAGCAAGGCUCGUCACGACGCUCUCGCUACUCGUAGUCGAUCUCACCGCAGCUUGAAGCUCAAGGAUCAACCGCAAACCUCUCCGGGCGACUCCCCGCCACCUGGCAUCACCAAGUACUUUGACGAAGAAAUAUUGCUUGAUGCUCUCCUUGUUCUCAAAGACUCGCCAGUAUUCCGUGGAAUCAGUGAAGACGCUCUAUCCUCGUUGAUACCCAAGGCUCGGUUCGAUCGGCUCAUGUACGGCUCGUGUGUUCGAAAAGAAGGGAAGGUGGAUGAGGAUAUGAUUGUAGUUAUGGAAGGACAAGUCUCAAUCCAUCGCAGCGUUACCCUGCCUGAUCAUUGCAAGGCCGCAUACGCUUCCUUCAGAUUUCUAUCAAAGCAAGACUCGAAGAGCAAGAUCCCAGGAAGAGAACACCAAGAUGUGAAUCUAACUGUUGCUGUGGGCUCCAAAGGAACUGUGCUCGGAGAUCUGACGGCAGGAGAUCGCGCAAGCGCGAGUAUAUCACGAUUCUUGAAUGUGGCAGAGAACCUUGCGUCGGUGAAGUCUGAAGCCAAGAAAACGUUUUCAUGGACGGACUUGUUGCCCGGACAUGUCUCUCAGUCCAAGAGCCUCGACAUGUCAAAGGACAAGGUUCGGAGCUGCAAGUGA